AUGGACAACUUGGACAACUGGAACAACUUUGUUUUCGAUGCCGAUGAUGAUGGGCAACCGAUGCUGCCUGAGAAGCUUUACUUCGGUCCAACCGAGUACAGCAAGGGUUGUAGGAUAUUGACAAGGUGCUCGGUUAGAAGUGUUGUGGACAAGAUUGAUAAACUUGCUGAGGAGAAAGCAUGGUUCAGAGCGCAUCCUCAAUUUAAGCACAUUUUUCACAUGUUCAAGGAGCCCAACCACAUGAAUCAAGGAUUGUGGAUGCUUCUCCUUCACACUGCUCAUACUGAAAGGUUUAGUGAGUGUUGGUUUGUUGUUAACGGAGUCCCAAUUAGGUAUUCUCUGGGAGAGCAUGCGCUUUUGAGUGGACUUGACUGUCGUGAUUACCCGACUAACUAUAAGGAUUUGGGGAACACGAAGUUUGUUGAGAAGCACUUUGGUAGGGUGGAUAAAAUCAAGAUUUUGGAAGUAGAAGCUAAAUUAGAUUAA